GAGAACGAUAGUUUUUGCCUCCUUGGGCGCUUCCUUCAUGCGCACACCUAGUAACUGCGUCAGGGUUUAACGUUCUUCUGUUCUCUUCGUCGCACGGGAAUGGCAGAGCACCAAAGUGGCCGAAUCAGCGCCUAUUUCAGUGCUUCAAAGCCUCUUCUUCCUCGUAAAAGGCCUUCCGAUUCCUCUCCUCACCGAAUCAAGAGUGCCGGUGACGUUGAUUCCGUUUCCGUUGCGAAGAGAGUUCCUCUUGCGGAGGUGUCGCAGAACAGGCUCAGUGCAAUUCACAGCAGCUUCAAUGCAAGGACUGUGUCACUUUCUGCAAUCGGUUCCGCGGAUGAGAAUCUGUGUCGAUCUCUUUUCGAGAAUCCAAGGAGAGAACCUGAAGGCUCUGAGCCUAAACAGUUGGAUUACUUUACGAUUCUCGACGAUGAUUUCGAUGAGUCUGUUUUGGAGCAAAUUGACAUUUUGGUUGAGCAGAAAUCUGCAGAGUUGGCAGCAGAGCAGCAGUUAGGUUGUAGCUGUAGCGAGAAAGUUUCGAGCGAGAGCAAUGUCGUUUGUGAUGUUAAUCUGAGAUCAAGAUUUAGUACUGUUUCUGAGGGUAUAGGAAAUGGUUACCUGUUUAGCUCAGGGGUUGAGCUAGAUACUAAAGAAGAGGAAGUGGAUACAAGCUGGCAAGGUUUACAAAGUUCUGAAAAUAGCACGAUGCCUGAGGAAUAUUCGAAAUACUUGCAGUCCCUAAAUGACAGACAAAGAGAAGCAGCUUGCACCGAUAUUUCAACCCCUUUAAUGAUUGUAGCUGGUCCAGGAAGUGGAAAGACAUCCACCAUGGUUGGGCGUGUAUUGAUGUUGCUCAAUGAGGGCAUUAGUCCAUCAAACAUCCUUGCAAUGACAUUUACAACAGCAGCUGCUUCUGAAAUGAGAGAACGUAUAGGAACUAUAGCUGGAAAGGCAACAGCUAAAGAACUUACUAUCAGUACUUUUCAUUCAUUUUCCUUGAAACUUUGUCGUUCACAUGGAGAAAAGUUAGGUCGUACAUCUGAAUUCUUAAUAUAUGGACAGGGGCAACAGCGUAAUGCAAUUAUUGAGGCCAUUCGCUUAUUAGAAAAUAAAAAGAGUGGUAACAAAGAUGGUGCAUUAUUGAUUGGUGAAUUGUCCAAUAGUCUAAAGAAUCCUAAACAAUUCAAGGAUAAGGCAAAGAAAUGGCAAAAUUUUGUGACUCAGGCUAAAGCUUCGGGAAGAACUUCUUCAGAAUAUCGUGAAAUGGGCAACGAAAUAGGAGCUGAAAUUCUUGAAAAUUACAACAACAUAUUAAAAUCUUGUAAUGCUCUGGAUUAUCAUGACUUGAUCAGCUGUUCUGUGAAGCUACUCAGUGAUUUUCCUGAAGUUUUCAAAGAAUGUCAGGAUUCAUGGAAAGCUAUUGUUAUAGAUGAGUUCCAAGAUACUAGUGCCAUGCAAUACAAAUUUCUAAAGAUUCUUGCAUCUCAUCAUAAAAUAACAAUUGUUGGUGAUGACGAUCAAUCAAUUUACAGUUUCAAUGGAGCUGACAUUUCUGGAUUUAUUUCCUUUCGCAACGAUUUUCCAAACUACAAAGAGAUUAGGCUCAACAAAAACUAUCGAUCCACACGUUGCAUUGUUGAGGCUGCAUCUUUUCUUAUUAAAAAUAAUUCCAAGCGAUGUCAGUUGAAGAGUGUUCUUACUGAUAACUCUUCUGGAUCCAAGAUAGUUAUGAAGGAGUGUCACAAUGAGGAUGCACAAUGCGCAUUUAUUGUUGACAAAAUCUUAGAAAUUUCAUCAAAUCAUUCAGCAGCUAACAGUUGUUAUGGCAACAUUGCAAUUCUCUACCGUAGGCAGAUAUCGGGGAAAGCCUUUCAAAUGGCUUUCCGUGAUAGGAAAAUACCAUUUAACAUUCACGGUGUGGCUUUUUACAGAAAAAAGGUAGUCAGAACUAUCAUUGCCAUGCUUCGAACAGCACUGCCUGGUUGUGAUGAUGGCUCAUAUAGUCGAGUCUUCAAGGCUUUACUGCCUUUGGAGAAAGAUAAAAAGAAGAAGAUAAUUGAUCAUAUCAACAAAAUAUCAACAAUUAGAAAAUGCAGUUUCUUGUCAGCUGCCGCUGACAUCUUUAGUGCAAAGAUUUCUGGCACCUUUAAAAGGAGUGAGCUUACCCACGGAAGGAAGGUUUUAAUGACACUAGAGAUGAUAUCAAAAUUUAUUCACAGGGAAAAGUCACUCUCUGCUAUUAUAACUUCUGUGGCAAACAUGAUACCCGAGAAAUACCUUCUUGAGAAACGGGCAAUCCUUGAUGUUGAUGGAGGGACAUUUUUGAAUGAAGACUACGACAUUAGAUCUGUUCUUCAGUACCUAUUAGAUGACGUCUCUGAGUUUCUAUCCACUAAAUUAGUUGAGGUAAAGAGUGAUAGGGAAACAUCAGAAGAUAAAGGCUGCAUUUUUGUUCUAAAAGAAUUCAUUGAUUAUUUAUUUGAGCGCGAGAAAGAAAAUUUCCGUGCUCGGAGGAAGGACAACGAAAAUUCUGUGACAUUGACUACCAUUCAUCAGGCAAAAGGUUUAGAGUGGGAUGUUGUCUUCGUAGUUAAGGCAAAUGAAUCUGAGAUCCCUCUAUUACACGAUUUCAAGGGCAAUGUAAAGGACACUGCAGCCUUGGUUGAGGAAGAAAGACGUUUAUUAUAUGUUGCAAUGACUCGUGCUCGGCAGAAGCUUUUUAUUCUUUAUGUCAUGAUGGACUCAAACUGGCAGAUGCUUCAACCUUCAAGAUUUUUGAAAGAAAUCCCUCGUCAUCUUGUAGAAGUUCAGGGUGAAAUAAAUUUACAAGAACUACACAUAAAGCAAGAAUCUCUUCAAAAGGAAACAGUCCAUUGUACCAUGGACUUGUUGAUAAGAGAGAAACAAUCUGAAGCAGAUGUGGUCCCUAUGCCUCGUGAAAUACUUGAUAAUCAUUCUAGUGAGGCUUCUAAUGAGCUUGCAGAAUUUGCAGAGGCAAACAAUAGCAAUAAUUUCUUAAGAAGAUUUAGUGUUGAAGACAGGUCUAUUGUUUCCCAUUUAUUCCAUCAAUGGGCUAAAAAGAAAGCAUUUCAAGAUCCAAAGAGGUUGCUUGACAAGGUUAGUUUUGUGAUUGAUGAACGCCUCAGACAGAAGAACAACAAAAACAAGGAUUUGUUGAAAACACUAAAAUCUUGUUUAAGCUGUGAAGAAGCAUUUCAGUAUGCUCAAUAUGUUUUGAGAUGGGAGCAGAUUCCUGCUGAUAAACGUGCUCAUCUUAUGAGGGAAAAACAGGAACAUUUUCUGAAAUUAAAGAUUGAAAAUGCAAUGGGUUCAGCAAUACCAACUGACAAGCAGAUUUCAUAUUUGAAAAAACUGGGUUGCACCUUGACACCUACUUCCCGGCUCCAUGCAUCUCAUCUUAUUGAGCAGUACAAAUCAUUGUAAGAAUCCAGUAGGGGUAUUCUUCUGAUUCUCCUUUCCAGUUUCUGUAUAUUGAAGACCAAGCUAGUUUGGUCAAGUAAAUAGUUAUGUGGGCCUUAGUGGAUUUUUAUCAUCCACUACUAAAGUUAUAUUGGAACAGUUAUUUUCUGUAUGUUAUCACUUAUCACAUUUGUUUUCUUUCUUUAUAUUUUGUACAUAUCCUGUUAAAAUAUAAACAUACCGUAUGGAUUUUAUAAAAUAAAAACAGUGUUGAACAAAAUUAACAUGCGAAAUAUCAGGUAGCAAAGUUUCGGUUGUAU